UAUUAAGGUUAAAGCUUCAGUAUGUUUUCUUCCGCAUCUGUGUCCUGAAGCCAACAAAGGAAAGAUGGGCAAAUCGUUGAUUAAAAAUCCUGGCAAAGUCUUGCCUCAGUUAAUUGUGGCUGUAUGGGGAUCGUGGGGCUAUUUUUCCAUGGGCUCGGUUCGUGGCUGGAGUUCACCCGGAAUUCCAUCGCUAAACAGGACAAUCGACUUUGAAGUGUACCCCUCCGAUUUCCAGUGGAUCUCUUCGUUUCCGAUGAUUGGGGCUGUUCUCGGGUCGCUGUUCAUCAACAAACCCAUGCAAUACUUUGGCCGGAAGAAGGCCCUGAUUGGCCAUUACUUUAUCUUCAUAUCCGGAUUUCUCAUCACCGGAUUCACUUACUUUGGCAAACACAAAUCCAUGUUGUACGUUGGGCGAUUCCUCAUGGGUUUCGCCGCCGGAUGCACCACUCCCGCCAGUCAAAUUUACGUGAGCGAAUGCGCAUCGCCAAGGAUUCGUGGCCGACUGGGAUCUCUGACAGCCUCGUCCUUGGCCCUGGGCAUUUUGGUAACUUACAUCAUCGGAGCAUUUGUCGACUGGUACGUCCUGGCUUGGAUUCUUGGCUGUUUGCCAGUCCUGUUUCUCUGCGGUACCUUCAUGAUGCCCGAAUCUCCUGUCUGGCUCCUGUCAAACGGCCGGGAACAUGAAGCUCGGCAUUCCCUUCAGCUCCUACGGGGAAAAGAGACUAACGUCGAGGCGGAAAUGGGGAGGAUCAAGGAACAUCAGGAGCGUAUCGCCAACAGCAGCAAUCGAAAUAAAUCGAUAACUCAACAAUUUCGGGAUGUUCUGACCGCUGGACCGGUCGUCAAACCCCUGGGCAUUUCACUGGGCAUCAUGCUAUUCCAGCAGACGACCGGAAUCAACGCCAUCAUUUUCUAUACGGUCAGCAUCUUCCAGACGGCCGGGAGCACAAUCGAUAGUAGAUACGCCACGAUUAUCGUCGGUGCUGUCCAACUGGUUUUCACCGUCGCCUCGGGAUUCUUGGUGGACCGGUGCGGAAGGCGGAUGCUUUUCAUCACUUCCGCCGUGGCUACGUCAGUGCCUCUAGCGGCCAUGGGAAUAUUCUUCUACUUCCAACACAAAUGGGGCGACAAAGAAGCGACUCGAUCCUUGGGCUGGUUGCCAAUUGUGUGUCUGAUCGUCUUCUUCAUCACUUAUUCCGGCGGAAUGAGCAACGUCCCCUUCAUCAUCAUGGGCGAAAUGUUCCCGACGGAAUACCGGGCCUUACUGGGAGCCAUCAGCUCCUCCUUCCACCUGUUUUGCACCUUUGUGGCCGUCUUCUUCUUCCCAAACAUGUUGAAAGCGAUGGGCAAAGACGGGACGUUCUUCUUCUACACGGGGUGCACCCUGUUGAGCGCCAUCUUCGUCUACUUCCUUCUGCCGGAGACCAAAGGCAAAACGCUGGAAGAGAUCGAGCAAAUCUUCAGCUCCGAUAGACAGCAACACAUCAAGAGCAUUUACCGUCUGGACGACGUCAUCGCAACAGGAAUCAAUAUGAACGGUGACGUCAUCUUCCUGAGACGCUCCCAGUCCAACGACAGUGACAACAGCGAACUCCAAUUGUGUGUCGAUAAGUUGGAAAACACUCGGGAUGUCUAAAAUCAAAGUAGGGCUUUCGAAUCGCCAUUUUCGUUUUGUUUUAUUCAAUACAUUCCUUAUACGUUUAA